AUGGGGUCCUUCAUGGAAAACAUUGAAGAAUUGAAGGUGGAGAACCAGACCACAGUGACCAGCUUCAUCCUGCUGGGAUUUUCCCACCUUGCCAAACUUCAGCUUUUACUCUUUGUGGUGACUCUCCUCAUGUUCUUGGUCACUAUGAUGGGGAACUGUCUCAUCAUUGCAAUCACAAUAAUUUACCCUGUCCUGCACACCCCUAUGUACUAUUUCCUCAAAAACCUGGCUUUGAUUGAAAUCUGUUACAGCCUGUGCAUUGUCCCCAGGAUGCUGGUGAAUUUGCUGGUGGGAAGAAAAGCCAUUUCUUUCUCUGCCUGUGCCCUGCAGCUGAAUGGUGUCAUACUUUUUGUCACCUCUGAAUGCUUCCUCUUAGGUGCCAUGGCCUAUGACCGGCAUGUAGCCAUUUGCCACCCAUUGCACUAUGCCACCAUCAUGAGCAAGAGGUUGUGUAUUCAAAUUGUGACCGGAUGUUGGCUUUCUGGUGUCUCAGUGGCAGUGGGAUUCACUUCUUGGUUGUUCAGUUUUCCUUUCUGUGGGUCAAAAGAAAUUAACCAUUUCUUCUGUGAUGUUGCCCCAGUGCUGAAGCUGGUAUGCGCAGAUACCUCCUUAUUUGAGCUGGUGAUUUUCAUAGACAUUGUAAUAAUUGUGAUGGUUCCUUUUUUCUUCAUCUCUGUUUCUUAUAUCCAUAUCAUCUAUGCUAUUCUCCAGAUACCAUCACCUGAGGGCCGACAUAAAGCCUUUUCCACCUGUGCAGCCCACUUGGUGGUGGUGACUCUGUUCUAUAGCACUGCUGGCAUCAUUCACCUUCGCCCCAAAUCCAACCUCUCAUCCCACAUGAAAGAGCAAGUUCACUGAUUGACACAGCUGAUUUGAAGACUCAAGAAUCCUAAUUUAAGAAAGGCAUUAAU